UUCUCGAUGGUGGGGGGGGUGGGUUCCGGUAGGGUCGGUGUGAGGAGAAGGAGGUAACCCUCGAUAGUACCCGUCCCCUAGUGGCGUUCGCUGUCCUACCUUUGUCUGCCCUUGGCAGCUCGGUGAAGGGGAGUGUAUGUAUGCCGGCCCCUUCCGGGGUACCGGUGCGGUCCCCUCUUUCCGUCGCCGUGCCGGUGCUGCCUCGAAUGUUGACGGGGACUGUGUUAUGGCGGGGCGAGGCGGCCGGAGCCUUAUCGAGGUGACCCUUGGUCCGGCCCGGCGCCACUACUACAGCCGGUGGCAGCGGGAGCCCUGGGCCUGAAGGUGACCAUGGCUGAGUUCGCGCAGCAGCGGGGCAAGCGGCGGGACGACAGCGGGCUGGGCAGCGUCCUCGACCUGCUGCUGGCCAACGCCAGGCUGGUGCUGGGCGUCAGCGGCGCGGCCGUGCUCGCCAUCGCCACGCUGGCCGUCAAACGGCUGAUAGACCGAGCCACGAGCCCUCGUGAGGAAGGUGAUCCCAAAGCUGAGCAGAAAACCCUGGAGGAGAGCUGGCAGGACCUGGCCUUGAUCAAAGCAACACAAAAACCUCCCAGGAAGCAGCGAAGGGAAGACCUCAGCGAGCCCCUGCUCUCCCCGGCUCCACCGCCAGCACCAGAACCCAGUGCCUGCCCAGUGCCUCCGGAGCCUCCUCAGGUCGAGUCCAGCCCUCCCCGCUGCCUCACGCUGCAGGAGAAGCUGCUCUCGCACUACAGCAUCCACCUCCCUAUGCCUGAGGAGCAAGUGGCAGUCUCCCAGCAGCUGGCCCGCAGGAUCUGCACUGAGCUUCAGAGCUUCAUGCGGAGCAAGUGCCCGGAGCUGCCCUUUGGCAGCCUCUUCCUCAGCGGUCCCCUGCUCGACGGCCUCGGGGCUCUUGCUGCCGACCACAUCCACUUCAUGCUGCCUGUAGUCCUCGAUGCCGGUCUCUGGAGCCUCAUCCCGGGAGAGGACACCGUCGUGAGAAACCCCCAGUACUGGAUGAUCAAAAGGACUGACCUGGAGUAUUUCCCUCGUGGACGCAGCCCCUGGGACAAAUUUCUCGUGGGCCAGUACCUCUCCUCCAAUGUGCUCAACGAGACCCUCCACAAGAUGCUGGUGGCCUCCAUCAACUGGCCGGCCAUAGGCAGCCUGCUGGGGACAAUCAUCCGCCCGCUUGUGGCCUCCCGGGAGCUGAGGCUGGAUGUCAAACACGAUCAGGUCGAGCUGAGCAUUGCCCUCUUCCCGGUGGUGGAAAUGGAGGACAAAGUUCUUCUGGCUGCUCCUCCUGAAGGACUGGUGGAAAACCUCUGGCUUGAGAGCUUUGGCAGGGCGGAGGUCUUGAAGGUGAAGGAGCUGGAUGCUGGCGACGCCGGGGCUCGGCAGCACUGCCUCCGCAUCCUGAAUGCUGUCUGCAGGAGCCAUCCCGCCCUGCGCAAGCUGAGCGGCAGCCCCCUGGCACACGUCAUCCUUCACCUGAGUGCCACUGGGUCAGACUGGGCAGAGGAAAGCCUUGCCACCAGGUUCCAGCAAGUGCUCGAGGAGCUAGUGGGAUACCUGGAGAAUGGAGUCCUGCCUUGCUACUUCAACCCCAAAGUCAACCUUUUCUGUGAGCUGUUGGAAGAGGAAAUAGAGGAGAUGGGCUUCCUGCUCUACAGGGCCGUGUCUGAGCCGGGACUCCUGCUGACAGAGAAGUGACUGAUGCAGUGGGAGCUCCUGAGCCUGGGGCGUUCCUCAGCUGUCUGGGUUGCAAUGCUUCUAGUUGACUAGUCGGUAAGAGGCCAAGUUCUUGCACUUUAUGAACAAUAGUAUUUCCUUUCUGAAUAAAACGUGCCUGAGAGAAAUGGGUGAUGGUGUAAGAAGCCGUUUGCCGUGAGGCUCUGCCUUACCCACAUCGAAUGCAGCCCCUGAAGAUAAGUCCCAUCUGCUGGGAACGGACAUGGAGCAAGUUUGGCUGCUGGAUCCCAGCGAACUGCUCCAUCCCAGCCUGCCAUCCCAACCUCCAGGCUCCCCUUGUGCUCCAAGCAGAGACCUGAGCAGUUCUGAGCUUCCCCUGCCCCUUGGGGCAAGCACAUCCCUUGAUGCUGCUGCAAACCUCAUGGCUUGCAGCAUCCUGGGAGCUGUGUGGGUCCUCUGCGAGCACUGAGCUCAGUUGUACGGUGCCGUGGGAUGAGGUGGGAACCUUGUUCCUUGCCAGGGCUGCGUUCUGGAAUGUUGCCAACCUGAAAUAAAGCCUGAGCAAUGGCUGCGCGGCUCUCUGGGUACUGCAGGGUAAUGCCAUAGCAGGGCUCCUCUUUGGAAAUCCUUUCAGGUGCCAAAUGGCAGCCCAAGCUCAGCCCUGCCUGGCUGUUCUGCCAGCAUCAGGUCUGCCCCGGGGAGGGGUCUCUGUGGCCCAUUCUGAGAGCUGCUGUGCUGCAGCAUGGGCUGGCAGGAGCUGCAGCCUCCUGGUGGACACCUGGUGGAUGCCAGUGCCCAUCUGCAGGAUUCGCAGAUCUAACGGGCCAUGGUGUCCCCUCCCAGCCUUGUCAAGUGACCUUUUCAUGUAUGUAUUGCUGCUGUCUUAAUGUCCUGUUGCCCUGAAGCCUCGUGGCGUGGGGCAGGAAAGGACAGGAUUGAUGCACAGAGCAGAGUGCUUGCAAGAACUCAAGUGGUGGUUUGUGCUUCUUUUCAUUGAGAUCUGUUUUGUUUGAGUAUUUUUGGGAGUUUUUUGUGUGUCCCCCCCCCCGACUUUGAGUGGCUGCUGGUAGGUUUUGUUUCUGACUGUAACCCAAGCGUGAAGGAAUACAUUCUUGUAUUUAAUGGGAAGAGCUAUGCUGGUUUUGCACACUGGUAGAGAUGGUGAAAUCCUGUGGACUUCAGUGUGGGCCCUGUUGUUGACCACAACCAUGCUGUGGUUUAGUUUUCUUUACAGCUAUCUUGUUUAUGGGAGGAAAAAACACUGUGCCUUUCUUCCCAGUCUGAAGACUACUUGGUUUGUUCCUUCGAGCCGCUUCCCAAGUGUUAGUGAUGAGAAUAAAUCCUUGCUGUGUACACAGUU